UCGUAUCUGUCAAUUUAUACGCAAGUCACUAUUAACAAUUUUUAGGCAUCAAGUCAUUCCGGCAUUAUUUUUGUUGUUGAAUUUGUUGAAGUAUUUAAGCAAAAAUGUUUCUUACGCGUUCCGAGUACGACAGAGGUGUGAACACCUUCUCGCCGGAAGGCCGCCUUUUCCAGGUUGAAUAUGCUAUUGAGGCAAUUAAAUUAGGUUCCACCGCCAUUGGCAUUUGCACUACCGAAGGCGUCGUCCUCGCUGUUGAAAAACGCAUCACGUCGCCAUUGAUGGUAUCAAGUACCGUCGAGAAGAUCGUCGAAGUGGACAAGCACAUAGGCUGUGCCACAUCAGGCUUGAUGGCCGACGCACGCACCCUGAUCGAACGUGCCCGCGUUGAAUGCCAAAAUCACUGGUUCGUUUACAAUGAGCGAAUGUCCAUCGAGUCGUGCGCUCAGGCUGUCUCUACUCUGGCUAUACAGUUUGGUGACAGUGGCGAUGGUGAUGGAGGUUCCGCUAUGAGUCGUCCCUUCGGAGUAGCCAUACUCUUUGCCGGCAUUGAAGAUGGCGUUCCUCAACUGUGGCACAUGGAUCCGUCGGGCACAUAUAUACAGUAUGAGGCCAAGGCUAUAGGCUCUGGCAGCGAGGGCGCACAACAAAACUUAAAGGACAACUACACAAAGGAAAUGACUUUGGAGGAUGCUAUUAAAUUGUCCUUAAAUACAUUGAAACAGGUUAUGGAGGAGAAACUCAGCUCGACCAAUGUUGAAGUUAUGACCAUGACACCAGAGAAACAAUUCUAUAUGUUCGGCAAAGAUGAGGUGGAGAAACAAAUUACUGAAUUGGCUUAAAUCGGUGAAAAGGCCGUACAAAAGCAAAGGCUCGCUUUCUAUACUUUUAACAUUUUGGUAAUUCUUAGCAAUUAUAAUAAAGGGAUUUCAAAUCAAAACAUCUAA